AACAAGAAAGUAAACUUUUUGAUGAAAUUAUUCUGUUUGACUGCGGAUUAUAAAUUUUUGGUAUCAGUUUAGGUAAAAUAGAUUUAUGUCCUUGUCCUUGUGGUUUUAUGGUUUUAAAAUCUUGUGUAUUUUCUUCCAUUACCAUGCCUGUUUCAUUUUCUUGCUAUGCUUGUUGAUUUUAGGCGCACCAAUAAUUGUAAUGCAGGUUAUUGCAGUAACGCAUGGCAAGGGCAUUAUCAAAUGUAUUGUUGAAGGGCAUUGCAGGUUUGCCAGCAGCUCAUUCUACGUCUGUAUAUGCAUUGCUUAGUCACAAUGGUUUGAGAUGCUCAACUACUGUGCCCAAUGAUUCUGACACUCAUGAUGAUUUUAAGCCGACUAAUAAAAUUGAGAAUUCUGAAUUUUCUUUGAAUGAUGUUGUUGAGCAGGAUGUCAAAGACAACCCUGUAAUGAUUUACAUGAAAGGGGUUCCUGAUUUUCCUCAGUGUGGAUUCAGUUCACUGGCCGUAAAAGUGUUGAAGCAUUACAAUGUUCCCUUAAGUGCUAGAAAUAUUCUGGAGAAUCCUGAACUGAAAACUGCAGUGAAAAUGUUCAGUCACUGGCCCACGUUUCCUCAGAUUUUUAUCAAGGGGGAGUUCAUUGGAGGUUCAGAUAUAAUUCUUAAUAUGCAUCAGACUGGGGAACUCAAAGAAAAGCUCAAAGAUAUUGCGGCCAGCCAGAAGUCUGAAUAAUUUGCUGAAUUUAAUGACAGUUCCUCUACUUAAUAGAGUUGGUAUUUCGGAGCACUGUUGUUAUUCAAGUAUGUUGUAGAGGUUUUCAUAUUUUGGUUCUAAGCAUUCUUACCUUGCUACUUCUACUGCCCUAGGCAGGGAUUAUAUAUAUAACCUCUUCGGUAAUAGGGUUUUCGCCUUUUCCUGGUUGAAAACAGAUUAAAGCUAGAAUUGAAUUAUAGCUGUUGACAGAGGAACUUAAUUCUUAAGAGGUUAUGGAACUGUAUUCUUUUAUUCACUAUAAAUGAAAUUGAUAUGAUAAGGAGUGUGAGGUAGUUUA